AUGACAGACCACAAUGUCAUCAAUCGUCUCCGCAAGAGAUAUUAUACAGCACCAGCACAUCAGAUUACGCUCACAACCCUUUUAAUCAAAGAGGCAAUCCAGGAGACGGACAGAAGCCCGAAUAUGCACGUCUUUUCUUGUGCUCCCGAUUUACAAGAAAAAAUGUCGUUCAGUAAAGCACAUCCCGAAACCUUCUUUAGCGCCCCAAGCGAAGACAUUGCUGGGUGGUCUAGCAUGGCCAGCUUCUUCGCUUCUCCUGCCAACCCACCACUGGUCGCGUCUACUGAACCUGACAAUGGCAGUGGUCUUCUGAGCCCCUUUGACAUGCACCUAUGCCCUCCAACCGACCUUUUUCUUCGAGAUGAUGGCGCGCUGGUCGCGUCUUCACCACCAGAGUUUGGAUACUUUCUCAGCGAAAUGCCAAUGUUGUCGCCUUCGUUUCUCAACCCAAACCACGCCUUCCUGCCAUUCACCCCGACCUCAGAUCACAUUCCGCUUCUGUCUUAUCCGAGAGGUCUCUCGACCGAAGCUUCCCAAGACAAGCACAUCAUGCAAUCACAAGCCUACCCAAGCCCUCUCGAGCUGCCUUCCAGCACCCUAACCUCCGCAGAUCUCAGAAUCGACGGUCUCUUCUCCAGCAACGUCGAACUCUUUCCCUCCUCCCUCAUGGACGACGACAACGAACCCCUUGGUACGCACAAACAGACCCACUCCACCACCCAAGCCCAGAACAUGACUGUGUGGAAUGAAGAAGAAGUAGUCGAUCGUACACCUGAGCUCGAUGCAUCUUGGCCGUACAUCAUGCACCAUUUUUCCGGAAGCACAAGCACGCUCUACAGCAAUAAUUCCGUUGUGUUCUACACAAUGCCCAACAGCCCCGAAAGUACCACCAUUUAUUCACCAAUCUCGACCCACACAGUAGCACCCGAAUAUUACUAUGAAACCGACAGCCAGACCGAGAUUCUCAUGAACGCCACGACUGAUUAUAUUAACACCAGCACCAACACCAACACCACUACCACCACCACCACCAACAACAACAACAACAACAACAACAAUGUCGAGUUUAAUAAUGAAGCUGAGCAAUCUUCACCAGUGGCAGCCCUCUUAGUCGACCUUGAGAAUGCAAUCAGCCUUGCCCAGCAAGGUGUUGAGUGUGACUUUGAGACCCUUCAGUUACGGGCGUAUUCUCUUAUUCAUCAAUCAACCUUACACAAUGACUGCGGCAUUCAGGAAAAGCGCAAGGUUCACGAUACCCUGACCAUCCUUUUGCGCACCAUUUCUCCACACACUAAUGAACCCACAUUUGAACAAGCUGAGGAGUGUAAACAAGAGCUUCCUCACUCUUAUGAGUGUCCUCAGCACCGAAAUGACUCCCCUGAUAGCCCGAUCUCAACUCUUUCUGAUUUCAAAGAAGAUUUAACUUUUCUCGAGUCAGGCUCUCCUCAUGCUUGUCAAGAAUUGGCUCAACCUGAGAAACAGUCAACCGAUAAUCUAGAUUUGGCAGACUCAGAGACUGAUGAUGACGGUGACUUUUGUCUGAGCACAGCAUCUUCAGAUGAUGAGUACGAAGAAUCUUCGGGCCGACCUCUACGCAAGGUGUCUAAACGCGCUGAUCGUCGGUCCAAUCCCACAGGAAAUCUACGCAAGAGAGCACGGAAAUUAUCUCUUGCCAGCCAUGAAUCAAGCUGUGGCUCUCUUAGACCUCAGGCCGAAACCCGUUCACGCAUCAACCAGACCUCUCGCAAGACACGCAAGAACUACAGCAAAGACACCACGCGUGUUCUGAUGGACUGGUAUUUACUUCACGACGGCGAAACUCCUGAUUCAAACAACAAGGAAAGACUGGCUAGUCUUACCAACAAGACACCUGCCCAAAUCUCUACUUGGUUCCAAAAUGCACGUCGUCGACACAGUGAUAAACUGCAACAAUUCAAGUCCCUGGUUGCGUCUCAUCCAACUGUUGUGUAUGACUAUGCUUCCUUUGUGGCAUAUGAACCCUAAGCUGCAAAGCACUGUACAAAACAAAACAAAAAAGAUACCUUUAUUUUUCUUUAAAGAAAAUAAUUCUUCUUUUCUUUUAACAUAUUCAAACCAACAUUUCCUUCAAAGAGGGUACAACCAUAUAGCAUUCAUUCAUAAUAUUUCUUGGCUUUUUUUUUUCUUUUUCUUUUUCUUUUUUUUUUCUUUUUCUCUUGCACCUCUUCAACCUCAUCUUGUCUAAAUAAAUCCUCCCCCUCAUCCCAGCUUGUAUCAUAAAGAAUUGAACUUUGUUUAAAUG